UAUAUAUCAUUUGUUUUAAGAAUGAGGGUUCUGUUGUUUGGUUUAGCCGUACUUGCGACGGCAGCGGCCUCUGUGCUGCCGACAGCGGAACCGGUGCUGGGGUACCAUGAUGCUGUGGGCAUCCCUCAUGCGGCGAAGAUCAAGGCUUUGGAAGACGAGUACUUUGCUAGCCUUGAUGAGGAAUCACCAGCGGAACCUCGCAUCGUGGGAGGUGUUGUAUCUGGAACAGGUGCUCAUCCUUACUUGGCCGGUCUCGUCAUCAGCUUCAUCAAUAUAGCUGGCCAAUCAGCGUGCGGUGCUUCCCUCCUCUCCGCCAACCGUCUAAUCACCGCAGCUCACUGCUGGAACGACGGCACCAAGCAGGCUUGGCAGUUCGAGGUGGUCCUGGGCUCCAACUGGUUGUUCUCUGGCGGCACUAGGAUCUCCACGACGCAGGUCAUCAUGCACCCUUCGUGGAGCCCUUCGACGCUGGCCAAUGAUGUUGCUAUGAUCUAUCUGCCUACCAAUGUAGCCUUCUCAACUGUUAUCCAGCCCGUCGCCUUGCCAUCCACCACCCAACUGUGGGACCAGUUUGUAGGCAUGUGGUCAACCGCUUCUGGAUACGGCAAGACCAGUGACCUACAAGCCGGCGUGUCGACAGCCUCAGUGGUGAGCCAAGUGUCCCUACAAGUGAUAUCCAUGGCGCAGUGCCAGAUCUCUUUUGGCCACUGGAUCCUGGACAGUACGCUCUGCACCAACGGUAUUGGAGGAGUCGGCAUCUGCAGCGGUGAUUCUGGCGGCCCAUUGGUCAUUAAUUCCAACGGACAGAAUAUUUUGGUGGGUAUCAGCUCGUUUGUGGCAUCAAGCGGUUGCCAGCUCGGCCACCCCUCGGCCUUCGCCAGGGUCACCAGCUUCUACAGUUUCAUAGUCAGCCAUCUAUAAACCUGACCUGACGAACGAUCUCUUAGGUCUUGGUCUUCGGCUGACUCAGCAGUUACUACCGGGUAUCUCGCUAAAUGUUAUCGCGUCACAAUGCUUAAUAGAAACGUACUGCCGA